CCGGGCAGGCCGGGCCCGCCCGCCGCGCCGUGAGCAUGGCCGGCUUCGCCGACCUGAACGUGCCGCACGGGCCGGACAAGAAGUCCCUGCAGAGCCUGCUGGAGGCCGCGGCGCACCUGGGAUAUUCUGCAGUUGCACUUAAUCAUGUCAUCGAUUUUAAAGAAAAGAAACAGGAAAUCAUCAAGCCAGUAUCCCCUUCAGAGCUGUUUCCAUCUUUACCUAUUGUACAAGGGACAUCUAAAAGAAUUAAAGUCUUGACACGGCUGACACUUGUUGUUUCUGAUCCUUCCCACUGUAAUCUCUUGAGAUCAACAUCUGCAAAUAUAAGGUUAUAUGACAUCAUAGCAGUAUUUCCAAAAACUGAGAAACUGUUCCAUAUUGCUUGCACAACAUUAGAUGUGGAUCUGGUCUGCAUAAAUGUAACUGAAAAGCUGCCAUUCUACUUCAGAAGGCCCCCUGUGAAUAUGGCAAUAGAUCGAGGCAUUUACUUUGAACUUCUUUACACGCCUGCCAUCAAAGACUCUACAAUGAGAAGAUAUACAAUUUCAAAUGCCAUCAGCCUGAUGCAGAUCUGCAAAGGAAAGAACAUAGUCAUAUCUAGUGCAGCUGAAAGGCCUCUGGAGCUCCGAGGUCCUUAUGAUGUGGCUAAUCUAGGUUUGCUGUUUGGCCUGUCAGAAGGUGAAGCAAAGGCAGCUGUAUCCACCAACUGCAGAGCAGCCAUGCUGCAUGGAGAAACUCGAAAGAGUGCCUGUGGCGUAGUGUACACGGUGAAGAAGCCUCGCAAGGUUGAGGAGGAGGAAACAGCAGUGCCAGCCUGCAAAAAAGCUAAGACUCAAGUUUGAGGACUGAACCAGUUGUCAACAGAAGCCUCCAUCUCUUCUUAGCCAGUGUUGAGUCUUCCUCCAACCUCCAACCAACCUAAUUUUUCCCUUACUACCUUGCCUAGGCUGCAGAAGAAUUAUUCUUCCAGCAUUCAAGUGAGGAAAACUGUGUGCACGAGACUGCUGAAUGAUAUUCACCACGUCUGAAAGGUCAUGCUGGGCUUCUGGCCAAGGUCAGGAGACUGACUCUUCACCUUGCCUUAGGUCUCCUGGAGUUAAUGCAAACUCAACAGAACAUUUCUAACAUGGAAAUUUCCUCUUGUAUGUGUGCAUUCCAUUUUUAUUAAAAACACACACCUUCAUUCAUAGUCUAGCUCUUCUGGUUUCUCAGGUUUUAAACACAUCUCUGUACAACUGCAAGCCAGUAGAUUAAGCUUACCUUCAAGUGGCUUGUGAAGAAGAAGAAGAAUAAUACAGUAAAAAAAUUUGCUUCCUAUUCAGUUUUGUGAUCAAUGGUAUAAUGAAGAUCCCAGGAUGUGUCAGUUGCUAGGAGGUAUUUUGGAUUUGGGUUACAGUAGGAAUGACUGACCUGACUUGCCAGAUACAUAUCCCAAAGGCCAUCUGUGUCCUCAGCACUUAAAACCAAACAGUACAGUGAGAUGUUUGCCAGAGGUGGGAAGGAAGAGCCCAAGGUUACACUGAGGUUACAAUGUGUGCUCAGCAAGGGUUGUUGCAGUGUAGGAGCUGUCUCACCUAGACCUGAGCAGCCUCCACCUCACAUCAUCUUUACUGCACUAUUUCCUUCUUUACUUCCUGCUCUGGAAUUGUUAUCUAUGCACAUGUUCAUUUUGCUGUCUCUUGCUUUUCUGUUUUCCCUCUUUUUAAUGCCUCGGUAAAGCUAAUCUGGCUGCCAAAGAACCAGUCAAACAGAUAUAAUCAGCAGAGCUUUUUCAGAGCUCUUCCAAAUGUUGUCUGAAGUUUUUCUUUUCAUUAAAUGAAUAUAAAAAUCAUAUAAGCUACUGUAUGGAGAUACUGUUGAGCCCUUUUUUCUGUGAGUGUUCCAGUGCCUACUGCAAGUUGAAAAGUGGAAGUUUUAACAUGUAAAAUAUACUGCAGAAAUCCUGCAGUGGGUCAUUUCUGAGCUCUUGGUAACUGAAUUGAGCAGAAUUAAUGAAGUUCUCAUGGAUUUAAGAGCUUUUGCUUCAUACAACAAAUAUGAAGUAUGUUUCCUGUAUGUUAUUACUUGCUUUGUGACUUGAGUCC